CUUGAGCAGUAAUAUUUAACCAAACCCUAGCCUACAAAGUAUAAAUUUCAUUAGAAAUGUUACAGAAGAGUUGAUAUUAUCCGAUGGAAUAUUUGAUGAAAUUUAUUAAAUUUUGUGGGACAUUAUUGUAUUUCUGUUUGCUGUUUUUACAUUCUGAUUGCACCUUAAUAGACUAUGUUGAGGAAGCCUGUUACGGUAAUGGACAUGUUGACAUUCUUCAACCAACAUGUCCGGCAGGAGAGGUUAUAUAUCCAAAGGACAUAUAUACCUAUUGUAAGAGAAUAGAGACAAACUGUCCAUUUAUUUCCUAUGAUGGAAUUAGGAACGAAACAUACUGUUGUAGGUAUGUGAAUGAAACAGAGGACUGUGGUAUGAGAUACUUUGGUGUAGACCAAGGACUAGAGCAUUACAGAAAGUUUACAGGUGAAGACAUCGGUUCCUUACAAGUGGCUUGGAACGAUACAGAUAGUGUAUGUGAUCAGUCCAUAUUCUUUUCAAAAACACAUUAUAUGAGGAUGACUUAUAAUUGUAUAAAAUCUAGUCAAAUCGUGUCAAUGUGCAAUAGUUCGGCAAGUGGAGAUCAAUUAUUCUUGUGGAAUGACGGAUAUCCGAACUCAGAUGGAGGCUGUGGUUUGACAUCUGGUUGUCAGUGCACUAUUCAAUCAACGGGAGGUUCUGGUAUACAGAUAGAUGCUUUAGAUAUUAGAUUUGCAAUAAAUGAAUCAACGGGGCUGUGUUCACAAAGAUUAUAUGUGAUCGACGGUUCUGACGUAAGUGAUAUUGCUUGUGAUGAUGUCAAUCUUUUUGAAAGACGGAUAUUGUAUUCAAGUUUGACAGACACAAUUCAACUCAGAUAUGACAAUACAUACGAUGGAUCGAAUGGAAACUUCUGGAUCUUAUUACAAGCCACCGAUAGCAGCCAAACCGUAACGAUAACAUGUAGUGAAGUUCUAUUAACCAAUACCGAAUACAAUUGUGGUGAAAACUUCACGAUCAUUUCUCCGGCAACAGAGCCUACCACAACAGAUACUGUGACAACAAAUAGUGAACCAUAUUCUACAUCGAUGCCUACAACGACACCCUCAUCUUAUACUUCUAAAAGUACACUCCCUGUUACUGUACUACUUACUUCAACACCUAACUCUGAUGGUACUGUUCCUACUGAUGUUACUAUUCCAACUGACCCCACUGAUGUCACUGAUCUUACUGAUGUCACUAAUCCAACUGAUGCUCUCGUCACAAAAGUUACUUCGUCAUCAUCCUAUACAUCAACUAGCAGUUCACCUGGUGUAUCUCAACCGUCAGAAAGCACCGAAGAAAAGUCAGCAAGCAAGGGUCCUGUUAUUGGUGCCAUUAUUGGAGUCGUAGCAGCAUUAGCCGCAGCAGGUCUAAUAGGUUAUACGAUCUGGAGAAAGAAGUUCAAAGGGAAAGGAAAGGUAAGCCCAGAAGAUGAGUACACGGAUUUAUUUGACAGUGGUGCUGUCAAUAGUCAACCACCAGAAAGCUAUAGACCUUUACCAUAAUGUUAUUUGGCAUAUUUAACAAAUGAAAUAUGUUUAAACUAAACUUAGCAAUGCAAAAUCAAGAAUUCGUUGCAUGUUUUUGAACCAAAAUUAAAGGAAAUUCAUAAGAGCACAUACAUUCAUUAUGACACUCUGUUUGUUAAGUUGAAGUAUAAAACUUAUAUUUUUGAAACUGAUUUUACUUUAUUUGAACCAUCGUUAUAACAUGAUGUCGUGGUUAUUAUACCUAUUCAUGUUUAUUUUUUAAAGUCGUGCAUAUACGUCAUGCACACACACUCAUCUUUAAAAUAAUGAUCAUGCCUCUUUUUUGUAUCAUACAGACAGUAAAAGUUCUGCUAUUUUAUUUGGGCAUAUUUGAUGUAUUAAAAGUUAUAUGAUUUGGAUUGCAAUAUGUUGCUUUAAAGCAAACAUUCAAAAUUCCAAAAAGUUGUGCCAAAUACGGCUAAGGUAAUCUGCUCCUAAACACAUGCGUUCAUUGUUAAUGUCGCAAGCGUUUAUCUUUAAUGACUAAAGCGUUUAUCGUUAAUGACAUAAGUGUUUACCAUUAAUGGCAUUAGCGUUUAUUGUUAGUGUCAACUGCGUUUAUCAUUAAUGUUACAAGUGGUUUUUUUAUAAUGUCACAAGUAUUUAUCGUUAAUGUCAUAAGCGUUUAUCGUUGAUGUCAUGAGCGUUGAUCGUUAAUGUCAUUAGCGUUUAUCGUAAUUGGUAUUAGCGUUUAUCGUUAAGUAUCAAGCGUUUGUUUGUUCGUGUUAUCAGCGUUUGUCAUCAAUGUUUCAAACGUCUUGUGUUAAUUUUACAAGUGAUUAUUUUUUUCCUCGAAAUAUUGUUAUUUGAUAGAUUUGGAUGUUAAAUUUAGUCGCAGGCAAGAGAGGAAGGAAAGUGGUGAUAUUCAUGUGUUUUAUGAAUAUUGUUAAUUUGUUUUAAUUGUUAAUAUAACGUUUCAAGAAACCAUGUUUGUUCUAAUGUGCUAUCUUCUUAUGUUUAACAUGUUGUUCCAAUUGUAAACUUUACAAGUGUUUAUUGUUAAUAUCACAAGCGUUUAUUGCUAAUGUCAUAAGCGUUUAUUGUUAAUGUCAUUAGUAUUUAUCGUUAAUGUUACAAGCGUUUAUUGUUUAUUUCACAAGCAUAUAUCGUUAAUGCCAUAAGCGUUGAUCGUUAAUGGCAUUAUAGCGUUAAUCAUUAAUGGUGUUAGCGUUUACAUAUGUAUCAAGCGUUUAUUGGAUAUGUUUCAAUCAAUGUUUCAAACAUGUAUUGUUAAUGUUACAAGUGUUGUUACUUUUCAUCGAAAUACUGUUAUUUGAUAAAUUUUGAUGUUAAACUUAGUCGCAGGCGACAAAGGAAGGAUAUGUAGAUGGCGAUAAUUCAUGUGUUUAAUGAAUAUUAUUAUUUCGUGCAAAUUGUUAAUAUAACGAACGUUGAGUUUUCUAUUUCUGUUAAUUAUUUUCUAAUCGUAAAUAAAAGUUUAUAAAAUA